AUGGCUGCAGACCCCUUUGACUCGGCCCUCGACCUGCUUCGGCGCCUGAACCCGAAACACACGGCGGACCAUCUCAAUGCCCUCAUCUCUCUCGCGCCCGACCUGACCGAGGACCUCCUCUCGUCCGUCGACCAACCCCUGACGGUGAGGAGGUGCAAGCAGACCGGCCGGGACUACCUGCUCUGCGACUACAACCGCGACGGCGACUCGCACCGCUCCCCAUGGUCCAACCAGUUCGACCCCCCGCUGGACGAGGGUGGCCCUGGCGGCGUGGGUGCUGGGGGGAGCGAAGGCGCGGGGGAGGGCGCGAUACCGGGGGAGCGGGUGCGGAAGAUGGAAAUCAAGGCCAACGAGGCGUUUGAUAUCUACCGGGAGCUGUACUACGAGGGCGGCGUCUCGUCGGUCUACUUCUGGAACCUGGACGACGGGUUCGCCGGUGUGGUGCUGCUCAAGAAGUCGGCCCCUCAAGGCGGUAGCAGCCAGGGGGUUUGGGAUUCAAUCCACGUCUUCGAGGCCAGUGAAAGGGGGAGGACGACCAACUACAGGCUGACAUCGACCGUCAUCUUGAGUCUAUCCUCGUCUACGACUACCCUGGGCGAGAUGGACUUGAGCGGCAACAUGACCCGGCAGGUGGAGCAGGAUAUGCCUGCCGAGUCUGACGAGAGCCACAUCGCCAAUAUUGGACGCCUCGUCGAGGAUAUGGAGCUGAAAAUGCGGAACCUCCUGCAAGAGGUGUACUUUGGCAAGGCGAAGGACGUAGUGGGUGACCUGAGGAGCAUUGGCAGCUUAAGCGAGGGCCAGCGGGAAAGGGAGACACAGAGAGAGAUCAUUGGCAGCAUGCGUAGAUAA